AUGUUUGAUUCAAAUAUCGUAAUCUUUCUCGAGUGUGUUGUCGUUCUUGUGCCUCUCUACUAUUCAUUGGUCGCCGCCGGAUGGAUCAAAAAUUCUACAAAAGCAGUACGUGUACUGUCCACACCAACCUUAUCAAAAAAACUGAGUCACAGAAGCAGUAAAAAUAUCCAAAUCGAUCACGGCGACUCAGUUUCGCCGCUUGCACCGGCUGACGUCGAGAAGAAAGUCAAACAUCUGAGGCACGAAAUCGGUGACUCAGCGCUUCAGAACCCAAGUCGGACUGCUUCCAUUACUGAAAUCCUGAAAAAAUCGUUGAUGGACGCUUUUGAACGUGACGUAUGGUUUGAGUUUAAGACGGAAGAGAUUCUUCCAUGGUGGGAAAUUGCACUACCAGUCAACAUGCUUCUCUCUGUUAUAAUACUGUGCGGUUUCCUAUAUUUUCUAACAAAACAAAAAGAAGAAAUCGAAGAGAAGGAGGAUUAUACGGCCUACGAAAGUGUACGGAAGGUGAAAUGGCACCUGGAAGAAGAGCUUCAGGCAGAAGCUGCUAAAUUUAUGCGAAGUGAAGCUUUAAAGUCUUCAGGAGGAGGAAAGGAACAAAUUUCUAUGAUUUUUCCAUUAGAAAAGGAGCCGGAAAAAACAGUUAAGGAGAAGGGAACAGACCCUUCUACAACUCAUGCGACACCCGAAUCCACCAAACCCAAAAAAAGUGCCGUCCAAUCAGAGAAAAAAGAGAGUUCAUCGAAAAAAACCAAACGUGCAACAUCCAAAAAAUCCAGUAAACGGAGGAAGAGGAUGAAGGAAGAAAAGGAAAUGAAUGAAAAAUCUAAGAAAAAGGCAAAACCGUUGGAGUGCGGAAAGGAUCGGGAAAAGGAAGGCAAACAAGGCCCUGAAGAGUUCGAUCGUCCAAAUCCUGCUUCUAACGAGGAACUUGGUGGUGAAGAGGAGAAGAAGAGGUCAUAG